AUGUAUGCCUUUACGUUGGAGGGCGAAUACUGGAAGAAUUGUAAGCACUGCUGGAAGGCGUGCCAGCAGUGCCUUCAUAAGGCCGUCGACGCCGGCUAUGCAAAGGUCCACUGCACGAAGCACAAAGUUUUUGCUAAAUGCACUUUCGACUACGAACCAUUGGGCCGCGGCCCCUCCUGGGACCUGGCCGCGGCGAACAACUCGAUCACCAACGCCAACGGAUCAACUACUCGCCGAGCUUCCUAG